ACAAUAACAACAAAUAAAAUUUUGGGAUAAAUAAAAAAUUGCUGAAAAUAUACUCUUUGCAAACAAGUUUUUGACCUUUAUUUUUUAAAACGAAAAACAACUGUAAGCAAAUUUUUUUUUGUGUUUUUUGACCAAAAAUGCUUCAAAACCACCGCUAAAAUCUUAAAUAUUUAAUUCUCACACUUGCAGCUUGCCCAACUACCACUCUCUAUAGCUAUAAAUAGUCCCAUUGAACUCCUCCAUGCCUGUCCAUCACAAUUUAGAUUACUAUCUUCCAUAUCCACCAAAAAAAGAAAAAUAAAUCACAAAUAAUUAAUGGACGACGACGUAGCCAUAGACUUCUACUCCCUCUUCCGAAUCUACAAAGACGGCCGAGUGCAACGCUUCGCCGGCACCGACAUCCUCCCCCCCUCACCCGAUCCCAAAAACGGCGACGUCAGAUCCAAAGACGUCGUCAUAUCUCCCAAAACCGGACUGUCCGCUCGUCUUUUCCUCCCCGACACCACCGCCGACUCCUCCACCGCAAAACUUCCUUUCCUCAUUUACAUCCACGGCGGCGCAUUCUGCAUCGGAUCCCCUUUCUCUCCCAUCUACCACAACCACGUCGCUUCCCUCACCGCCGGAGCAAACGUCGUCGCUUUGUCUCUGCACUACAGGAGAGCACCGGAGCAUCCGCUCCCCACCGCCUUCGAGGACGCUUGGGAAGCCUUCCAGUGGGCCGUUGGACACUCCGAUGGUGACGGCCCCGAAGAGUGGCUCAACCGCCACGCCGAUUUCCGACGCGUUUUCUUCGCGGGGGACAGUGCCGGUGCUACCAUAGCUCACAACGUGGUCGUACGAGCGGGAGUAACAGAAGGGGAGACAAAAGGGUUGAGAAUUGUUGGGAUGGUUUUGAUUCACCCGUUUUUCGGCAACGAAGAGAGGGAUAAGUUGUUAGAGAUCAUCUUUCCGACGAGCAGUGGGACGUCGAAAGAUCCGAGGUUGAACCCGGGAGUGGAUCCGAAACUGCUGGGGAGGCUAGGAUGCGGCAACGUGUUGAUAUUUGUUGCGGAGAAGGACCGGUUGAAGGAGCGAGGUCGGAGUUAUUAUGAGGCGCUGAAGAAGAGCGGGUGGGUUGGGAAGGUGGAGAUUGUGGAGAAUGAAGGUGAGAAGCAUGUGUUCCAUUUGAUGAAUCCUGGUUGCCACAACGCUGUGACUCUUGUGGAGAAGACUGUUUCUUUCCUCAAACAGUGCUAGCUAAGUUAAGCUUUUGGCCUUGAUGAUCUCUCUAUAUUUUCUUGAAAAAAAUAAAAAAUAAAAAGAUAUAUUUUGGUUGAAAUCCUACGUUACAUAUAUUUUAUGUUAAUUCAUUGCGUGUUUCUUCUCUGCAUGUGUGCACCACAAGUUAGUUAGUUUUGACCCUCCAAACUCCAAGGCAAAAAGAAAAGUCAGCUUUGAGAAAGUAUGAGGAGUUUUCGAUAUUUAAUUAAAACGUAAUUUGAUUUUGCUUUCUUUAAUAAGAUACAUGCAUAAUAUUUAUUAACUAUAUAUCUAGUAGUAUUUUUUAUGUAUGUUUAUUGGGGUAAGACAUUUGACUCGAAUGAUUAGGUAAGAAAAAAAAAAAAAAGUUUUUGUUGCUGAAAUGUCUCCGGAUAUAUAGUAUCCAUUGGUUAAAUGGACAAAAUGUGUAUGUUGGAUGAUAUCUAUGUUGGUGUAACCGGGUAAGAUGUUACUCUUAGAUGA